AUGGCGAAACUAGUGCCGGAGGUGGAGUUUGACAAGUUUAUUGACGAGUUCAGUGCUAUAGACCAAACACUCGAGAUCGACGAAGACCUCUGGUCCAGACUCGUCAAUCCUGCACGCGGGAGUGUAUUUGUCUACAACGCAGGUCUAAGAGGCUUUCGGCAACCGGAAUGCGGGAGUGCUACUUUCAACAACGUCCCAGAGAUCAUGUCUUUCCUCCAACGUGCGCCACAGCUCCAUGGUCAUGCAGCCGACUCUGCUGCCGAAGUCAGCGAGCAAAUGCCGGCGUUUCCGACGCAGACUGUUGAGAACAUCACCAGCAUCAAUUUUCUUGAGUUUGAGUUCGAAAAGCUUGAAUAUAAUCUGCUAUUUGCACUGGAUAGAGCUUUGAUGUUCCUCCGACCAAACUGGGCACGAUUAUCGUCUAUUGGGGAGAACCAAACCUCGACAACUGGAAGUCUUUUCUAUUCGGCAGACCGCCAUACAAUAGCGUUUCAGACACCCCCAGGCUCUACGCCUUUUCUGCAUCUCUCGCUCGAUAGAGCCAGGACUGGGGGCACUCAAAGAAGUUGGUUGGCGGUACUAGCCUAUGACAAAGCGCCCGACUGGGCAGAGGGCGAGAUUGCAGAUUGCAAAAGGCGCAUUGAAACGUACAAAUAUCCAGACAAUUUCGACCCAGGUACUAGCGAAUUAACACCCUUCAAUGCUUUCGCUUACAUGCUCAACGACUUUGUAGCGCAGUACAUCCGAGUUGUGGUAAGAGAGGCGAUGCUGUUCACGGAAGCGAUCCAAGAGGUAGAAAACACCUGGGCCACCAAACCGCCUUCAAAUACAUUUGGUCCAAAACCAAGUACAUUGCUUCGCGAACUCAACGAUCUAAACCACCAAAUUAGGGUUUCGAAUUUAAUGACAAGAUUUGAAUUCUGUGCCGAUGCUGCGAAAUGGGCAGAGCGUGUCCGGAGGUCGUUGGAUUUCGAAUUUAGACUUUGGGACUUGACGUCGAUGGUUCAACGGAUACAGGCAUACCAUCCAAAACGUUUGCGAGAAACCAUCGCGGAGGUACGCCAGCUUGUUAAUGAUACCAUCGCGGAAGGGCAGCAGGAAAGACAGGAGGAGCUUCAACUACGCCAAGAUGCUCGAGCGAAAGAAGAAUGGGACCUUUUACAAAAGAACCUGAAGAUUGCGGAAGCAACCCUACGAGACAGUCGCCUGAUGAGUGGUGUAGCGUGGAUCACUAUGGCGUUCCUCCCCGCCACCUUUGUGUCAUCAUUCUUUGGCAUGAACUUCUUCAGUGGCAAAGCUGGUUAUCCCCCGUUUGACGAAGGGAGCAAAAACGUCUGGAUCUUCUUUCUGGUCGCAUUGCCGAUUACCGCGCUGGUCUUGGGCGGUUUUUGGUACUGGAACAGGCAAGAGAAGAAGAAAGAUGAAGGCAAGUUGAAAUCGGUGGAAGAGGGUGCGACGAAGAACCAAGACGGCGCUACAACAGCACAAUCUACAGGAAACGAUAUGGAAAUGCCCGACACGUGGGCAAGGCGUGCCGGCACGCGUCAGGCCGCUGCGCUGGUGCUUGAAUCGUUGGCUGUUGUUGUGAGGUUGGCGUGCUUGGCUUUCUUCCGGAUCUAG